UAAUGAUUAUAACAAUAAUCUUUAAUUUGUAUUGUAGUUCGACGUCUGUCGCGUGGUAUCCAACAUGCAAUUUUAUUCAUAAACGAUAAUUGUCUCGUUUUUUUCAAUCUCGUGCAAGUGUGUAUUAUUAGUAUCAAUACCUGCGUGUUUGGACACAAUUUUUUCCUAAACUAAUGUGAAUAUAUUUUGAAACGAAAUAAUGGACGACGUCGACUUUACCAACAGCGGGCGGCGCUCAAAAUUUUUCGAAACCGACGACGACGACGACGACGCACACCGGUCACCGCCGACGAUAGCGGACACGCUGGAUUUGGCGGUGUGCCGACCGGCGUCUCCGGGGCGCGUCUCGCGCCCGCUGGAACGGUUGAGCGGACGAUGGACGUUUCGGUCGAUGCCGCAGGACGUGAACUUGACGGCGUACGGCAAACAGUUUUCCGGCGAGUGGCCGUCGUUUCUCGCGGAAACACUGGAAACGGUGUGCGACGACGACGACGACGACGCCACCACAACACCGCCGUCGGCCGAGGACUUCGCCGUCUUCCCGUCGGCGGCGCAGACGCGGAAGCUGGGCGGAAGCGGCGCCGGUGCCAAGGGUUCGACGGCGGCCCCGAAACGCCCGAACACGUUCGUCAGACAGUGCGUCGCCUACGCCGGACGCGUCUUCACUUGGCACUUCUACCGGACCGUGUGCAGGUACUUCCUACCGAUCGCCACGUUCCGAAACCGCAGGUGAUGGACGUGCGCGACGCGACGGUCGAGACCGCGUAGGCACGGGCGGGCAAUAACGGCGCGGUCGGACGAGCUGUGCGGUACAUACGUCCGCGCGGACGGUCAACACACUCGUCGUCAGUCGUCGUACGACGACGAUAAAAUCGCCCGUACCUACCGACUACCGUUGGGGGGGGGGGGGGGGGGCGUCGAGUGUAAUAUUGAUGAUACGCAUUGUGUUCAGAUUUUCAAAUCGUGUUUCACGCGCGACACUCGUGCGUAGUCUGCUUUGACAAGGGGCGGAUAGGCCCAUCGGGAAAUCGGGAUUUUCCCGGCGGACCCCUGUCCGCACCUGCAAAUUA